GAUCCCCAUGCCAAGACACAGCAAAUGUCCAACAGCAGCUCCAUCAGGCACUUCCUCCUGCUGGCAUUGGCAGACACGCGGCAGCUGCAGCUCCUGCACUUCUGCCUCUUCCUGGGCAUCUCCCUGGCUGCCCUCCUGGCCAACGGCCUCAUCAUCAGCGCCGUAGCCUGCGGCCACCACCUGCACACCCCCAUGUUCUUCUUCCUGCUCAACCUGGCCCUCACUGACCUGGGCUCCAUCUGCACCACUGUCCCCAAAGCCAUGCACAAUUCCCUCUGGCACACCAACAACAUCUCCUACUCUGCAUGUGCUGCUCAGCUGUUUUUCUUUUUGUUCUUCAUUGGAACAGAGUUUUCCCUCCUGACCAUCAUGUGCUAUGACCGCUACGUGUCCAUCUGCAAACCCCUGCACUACGGGACCCUCCUGGGCAGCAGAGCUUGUGCCCACAUGGCAGCAGCUGCCUGGGCCAGUGCCUUUCUCAAUGCUCUGCUGCACACAGCCAAUACAUUUUCCCUGCCCCUGUGCCAGGGCAAUGCCCUGGGCCAGUUCUUCUGUGAAAUCCCCCAGAUCCUCAAACUCUCCUGCUCCAAAUCCUACCUCAGGGAAUUUGGGCUCAUUGCUGUUGGUGUCUGUUUAGCACUUGGCUGUUUUGUAUUCAUUGUUUUCUCCUAUGUGCAGAUCUUCAGGGCUGUGCUGAGGAUCCCCUCUGAGCAGGGAAGGCACAAAGCCUUUUCCACCUGCCUCCCUCACCUGGCUGUGCUCUGCUUGUUUGUCAGCACUGGUUUUUUGGCCUACCUGAAGCCCCCCUCCAUCUCCUCCCCAUCCCUGGAUCUGGCCCUGUCAGUUCUGUACUCAGUGGUGCCUCCAGCCCUGAACCCCCUCAUCUACAGCCUGAGGAACCAGGAGCUCAAGGCUGCACUGUGGACACUGAUGACUGGAAGGUUUCAGAAACUGUGAACUUUGCCAAUUUCUGUGAGUUGCCAUUUUCUCCUAGUCACUUGUAAUAUAAAUCAUUUUUGAGAAUUCUUUCUUUUCCUUCAUUGCCAGAAGUUUUUACCUUUUAGUCUAAUAAUUUGUGCACAAAAUCAUGCCCAUAUUUGUGAUAUAUUUUUGUCUCUCCUGCUUUGCUCUCACCCCAGACUCUGUCCAGGACAGGCUCUGCUCUCUGUAGCUUUAAAUUAACUAAAGGAUCUCCCUAUCUUUUUUUUUUUUUUACUGCAGAUGUCCUUUCCUUGGAGCUUCCUUCUGCUCCCUUCUCUAGAGCUGCAGCAGCAAUAUCUGUGUGCAGAGGUGGGGGCAGGUCAGGGGUGGCACAGCAACUCGGCUCCUGAUGGCCACACCAUUCCUCAUCCAUUAAUAUUUUUACCACAAAAAAAAAACUUUACAAUAUUCUUAAAAAAAAAAACCUAUAUAUAUAUACAAAUCAUACCAAAAUUACACAAUUUACCAUAACAAAACUACAAAAAAAUUCAAAAAAACAAAUCCCAAAAAACCCCAACAAAAUUAAUAUAAAUCAUAGUUUAACCAUUCCCCAUAACCAUACCUCACCCUCUUAUCAUCUCUUACCAAACUAAUAAUAUUACUAAUUUUAAAUUAUCAUUUAAACCAUAUAUUCUUAACAAAAUAAUUACUAUUAUAAAAAUCCACCUAAAAACUACCCAUUUAAUACUCAUCCAAACUAAAUAUAAACCAACAAAAACCCCCCGAUCUUAACUAAAACUCGAAUUCUAGAUCAUCAAAAAAUUACAACAGUUCAAUAAACAAAAUAAAAAAUAAUAAAACAAAAUGCAAUCAAUAUUUAUUCACCAACCUAAUUAACAGAAAAACCCCAACAAGAUAUACAUUAGCCAAAAUCUAACUACAAACAUAAAACCUAACUUCAAACAUGAAGCCUAACUACAACCUUCCAAUAAAAUAAAGAAAAAAAAUUUAAAAAUCCUAAAAAUUAUAUAAGAAAUAAGAAAUGGGCCGACACUGAUCCCUGCAGGACACCACUGCACACACGCUGCAUGUGGCAGCAUUCCCCACCACUCUCUGGGCCCCGAUGUCCAUCCAGUUCUUAGCCCAGGGAGGGGUGAACCGCUCCAAGACACAGGCUUCAGCUUUUCCAGGGAAUGCUGUGGGAUGGGGUGUCAAAGGCUAAAGUUCCAGUAGACAACAUCCCCAGCCCUCCCUGUAUCCACCAGGCCCUGUCAGAAAACUCCUGGUGGGCAGGAGCUGGGCAGGAGGCAGCCGUGUGCCCUGGCAGCGAGGCAGGGCAGGAGCACCCAGGGCUGUGGGACCAGGACAUCAAGGACGUGGAUUAUCCAGGGCACUGGGGCCUGGUUUGGGUUGCCCAGGGCAGGAAAGAUGUCUGGCAGCUGGAGCAGGGUAAGGGAAGGGCCUCCAAGGUGGGGCUGGAGCCCUUUGGCUGUGAGCAGAGGCUGAGGGAGCUGGGCUUGUCCAGCCCGGAGCAGGGAAGGCUGAGGGGCUCCUCAUCCCAGCCUGGCAGUGCCAGCCAGGAGCUGAUGGAGAACACAGAGCCAGGAUCUUCA